GUCAGUUUUGUCUUUCAAGCUCUUAAAAUGGCAUUCAAUUUCGACAAUUUGUGGUCUUUUUACACGAAAGCUUGUGCUGCUGCUGGAAUUAUAUUAUUUUUGGAAGAGAAAGAAAGAACCACAACCCUUAAAGUGUAUCAGAAAUUCUGUCAACUUUUCUUUUCGCUUUUCGUAUUCUCACAAGCUUACACUUUGGCCACUCAAUACACGGACUUGACUGUCGUUAUUAUUGCUGGUGCAGGACUUGUAAUAUUUGUUGCAGUAGCCACCGGUCCGAUCCAAUUGAUCAGAAACCAUGACAAUUUUAUGGCGAUAAUUCAGUGGUGUCGUGCUCUUCACAAGAACGGCCAACAUUUUCAUCCAACGUUACGACAAUUCACUGCAAAUCACUUGAACGUGGCUGGACAUAAAUCCAUGAAAAUAAUGAAAAUCUUCACAUACCUACUGGCAUUCGAUGGCCUUGCAACCACAAUUUUAUUCACUACCCUUGCCAAUUUAUUGCCGAUUGGUGACCUGCUGCUCGAGAAAUAUCAUCCACCGUUUCCAUUUGAUGUGCCGUUUCACAGUGCAGCAAUAUGGGAAUCAUUUCUGAUAAAUUUAGUGGUUCAAACACUGGGCAUAGUGAACGGCACAUUACUCGGCAAUGCUGUUAUGUCCAUCUAUUGUGUCAUUUUCAUCCAUUUAUUGGCGUUUUUGGAUGUGAUCUUGACGGCUGUGGAGAAUUUCAAUGAUUCUUUGAAGCGAAAAUUUAGAAAAGAAUUUUUUGAAAUGGACACCAUCGAAGAAUUCGAUCAAAUAUUAGGUGAAAUUGGUGAAGACUGUGAAUGGGAUGACGAAGGAAUAAAGGAGCACAUCAAAAUAAUUGUCGACAUGUGCAGUGAAUUUAACGAUCAAUUGGAAAAAUUUUCGGAUUUGUCGUCACCAAUUUUUCUCGCUUGGGAAUUCACCUCGUUGUUCACAACAUUUAUUUGUGGCAUAAUUUUACUGUUGGAACGACAACAUUUCAUACUUUCACUUGGUGUUUUAAUGGCAAAUAUAUUCUUCUUUGCUAUCUGUUUGGUAAAUGAUUUAAUUCUGGACAAGAUAUCAAAAAUAAACGAUGGCCUGUACAAUUUACCGUGGUAUUUCAUGAAACCAUCUGAACGACGGAUGGUUUUAAUGGCAAAAAGCACAUUUAACGUUCAAGUUGGAUUCACUGCUGGUGGAAUUCACGAUCUGAAUCUUGAACAGUUUAAAAGCAUCACUGAAGUGGCCAUCUCAAAUUGUUUGGCGUUGAAAACGUUAGCCGAGCAGUAAAUUCA